CAUCAUCAUGGGUUAUUUUUCUGUACUGAUUUUCCUCUUGGCUGCCUUGAGGUUGUCCUGGGCCACGCCCUCUUUGCGUGGCGUCUCGGAGCCCGAGAGGAUCCUCGACUCCUUGGCCCAGCUAAGGCAAAGCAGCUUCUUGGACUGGAUCCAGUCUAUCCUAGGACCAGAGGUGCCAGCGGAAUGGAGUUCCCCGGCCAAGAGGGAGUGCAGUGAGUGCUCCUGCGGCAGCGUCAAUACCCGCCACCGCAUCGUCGGCGGCCAAGAGACGGAGGUCCACGAGUAUCCCUGGAUGAUCAUGCUCAUGUGGUUCGGCAACUUCUACUGCGGCGCCUCCCUGGUGAACGACCAGUAUGCCCUGACCGCCGCCCAUUGUGUGAAUGGUUUCUAUCAUCGCCUCAUCACCGUCCGCUUGCUGGAGCACAAUCGUCAGGAUAGCAAUGUGAAGAUCGUGGACAGACGCGUGGCCCGGGUCCUGAUUCAUCCCAAUUACAGCACCCGCAACUUUGACAGCGACAUCGCCUUGAUCCGCUUCAACGAGCCCGUGCGUCUGGGCAUCGACAUGCAUCCCGUGUGCCUGCCAAUACCCAGCGAAAGCUAUGCCGGCCAAACGGCCGUGGUCACUGGCUGGGGAGCCUUGAGCGAGGGCGGCCCCGUCUCCGAUACCCUCCAGGAGGUGGAGGUUCCCAUUCUCAGCCAGCAGGAGUGCCGGGAGAGCAACUAUGGUGAAGCCAAGAUCACCGACAACAUGAUCUGUGCCGGCUAUGUGGAGCAGGGCGGCAAGGAUUCCUGCCAGGGCGACAGUGGUGGACCCAUGCAUGUCCUGGGCUCGGGCGAGGCUUACCAACUAGCAGGCAUUGUGUCGUGGGGCGAGGGCUGUGCCAAGCCCAAUGCCCCGGGUGUGUAUACGCGGGUGAGCAACUUUAACCAGUGGAUCGAGGAGAACACCAGGGAUGCUUGCUCUUGUGCGCAGCCAGCAGAGGCUCCUGAGAGUAGCUCCACAGAGCCGGCAGAGGAGAACACCACUCCAGAGGCAGGAGCAGCCGAGGAAUCAGAGGUGGCGGAGGCCAAUAAGUUGGUUUAAAGAGGAGCUCAUCCUUAACUUCAUUAUCUUUCAGCCAUGAAUUUUAAAUAAAGUCUUUUUUGGUCACUGAAAUUUAGUUUUUGUUUGUUUUUAUUAUUGUUUUUAAAGGUUUUAAAAGGUUUAAAAAUGACAGUCUUAAGAGGUUAC